AUUUAUACCCUGAUGUUUCAGGCACUUUUUUCUCAGACACAGGAAAGAGCGCUUGGUGCCGAGGCUUGUACGAGAGCUACGAUGCUGCCGAUUGUACUUACAGUGCUUGUCUUGGCUCACCUCAUUGAAGCUGACAAGGUGUGCUACCCAAGACUAGGCUGCUUUACAAAUGAACCACCAUGGGGUGGAACAGAUGAGAGACCAUUUAAAAAGCUACCCUGGUCUUCAGAGGAUAUUAAUAUCCGCUUUCUGCUAUGGACCAUGAAAGACACAACAAAUUUUCAGGAAAUCACUGGAACAAAUCCUUCAUCGAUAGAAAGCUCUCAUUUUGAUGUGACCAGGAAAACCCGCUUCAUAAUUCAUGGUUUUAUAGACAAGGGGGAGGAAGGAUGGCUCUCUGAUAUGUGCAAGGCAAUGUUCAAAGUGGAAAAUGUGAACUGCAUCUGUGUGGACUGGAAAGGUGGCUCGAGAACCCUAUACAGUCAGGCUGUGAGCAACAUCCGGGUUGUUGGUGCUGAAGUGGCUUAUCUUAUUGGCGUGUUCGAGAGUCAGUUUAACUACUCACGCUCCAACAUCCAUGUUAUUGGCCACAGCUUGGGCAGUCACGUUGCUGGAGAAGUAGGAAAGCGAUACGCAGGAUUGGCUAGAAUUACAGGUCUGGAUCCAGCUAGCCCUUUCUUCAAAGAUACUCCCUUGGAAGUAAGACUGGAUCCAUCAGAUGCAAAGUUUGUGGAUAUUAUUCACUCUAACGCUGCUCCACUGUUUCCCUAUGUCGGUUUUGGAUUACUCGAGCCAACUGGACAUAUCGAUUUCUACCCGAAUGGUGGAAAAUUCAUGCCGGGCUGUGACAAAAAUAUCAUAUCGACAAUCAUUGAUCUGGAGGGCAUUUGGGAAGGGACUCGGGAUUUUGCAGCAUGUCACCACUUGCGAUCUUACAAGUAUUACAGUGAGAGCAUCACAACCAAAAAAGGAUUUAUUGGUUUUCCAUGCGACAACUACGAAGACUUUUCAGCAGGAUCGUGCAGCAGUUGUGCAUCUGAAGGAUGUCCAUUAAUGGGCCACUUUGCCGAUAUCUAUCCAUUCACAAACGGCGUUGCUCAACCCAAAUUUUAUCUGAACACUGGCGAUGCUAAACCAUUUUCACGCUGGAGACAUAUGGUAGCUGUUAAAAUUACCACCACUUCUAAUGUUAACGGUUUCUUCAAUGUCGCCCUGUAUGGUUCCAACAGCAACACACGACAGUAUCAAAUCACGAAAUCUUAUUUGCAGUCUGGAAAAACAUACAUCGGUUACAUUGACGUGGAAGUGGAUGUAGAGGAGAUCACUAAAGUCAAAUUUCUCUGGAAUAAUAGCGUGAUAAAUAUUUUUCGCCCAAAAGUUGGAGCAGAAACUAUAACGGUGAUUAGACGGUCUGACAACAAAACCUUUAAAUUUUGUGGUUCUGGGACUGUCCGAGAGGAUGUGCUGCAAACGCUCCUGCCCUGUCCAGGUUUCUGAGACGGUUUUGUGGCAAUGUAUUUCAUCCACACAUAAAACACCGAUUAAACUGAUAUUGCAUUUUGAA